CCUGCAGCAGGUGCGUCCGGCAGACCUGGGCUGGCAAGGGCGCCGCCGGGCCCGCACUGCUGGGAAGAUGCGCGAGCGCACCGUGAGGCUGCAGUACGGGAGCCGCGUCGAGGCGGUGUAUGUGCUGGGCACGCACCUCUGGACCGACGUCUACAGCGCGGCGCCGGCCGGGGCACAGACAUUCAGCCUGAAGCACACGGAGUACGUGCAGGUGGAGGUGGUGCAUGACGGGCAGGCCGAGGAGGUGGCCACCAAUGGCAAGCAGCGCUGGCCCCUGUCGCCCAGCACCACGCUGCGGCUCAGCAUGAGCCAGGCGAGCGCGGAGGCCAGCAGCGACAAGGUCACCGUCAGCUACUACGAGAAGGAAGGGAGCACCCCCAUCGACCAGGCUGGGCUCUUCCUCACGGCCAUUGAGAUCUCCCUGGAUGUGGAUGCCGACCGGGAUGGCGUGGUGGAGAAGAACAACCCGCGGAAGGCCUCCUGGAGCUGGGGCCCCGAGGGCCAGGGUGCCAUCCUGCUGGUAAACUGUGACCGAGACACGCCCUGGCUGCCCAUGGAGGACUGCAGUGACCAGAAGGUCUACAGCAAGGAAGACCUCAAGGACAUGUCCCAGAUGAUCCUGCGGACCAAGGGCCCGGACCGCCUCCCCGCCGGCUACGAGAUGGUUCUCUACAUCUCCAUGUCGGACUCGGACAAAGUGGGCGUGUUCUACGUGGAGAACCCGUUCUUCGGCCAGCGUUAUAUCCACAUCCUGGGCCGAAAGAAGCUCUACCACGUGGUCAAGUACACGGGCGGCUGCGCAGAGCUGCUGUUCUUUGUGGAAGGCCUCCGCUUCCCCGACGAGGGCUUCUCAGGCCUGGUCUCCAUCCACGUCAGCCUGCUGGAAUAUAUGGCCGAGGAGAUUCCCCUGACACCCAUCUUCACCGAUACUGUGACAUUCCGGAUUGCUCCGUGGAUCAUGACCCCCAACAUCCUGCCCCCAGUGUCGGUGUUUGUGUGCAGCAUGAAGGACAAUUACUUGUUCCUGAAAGAGAUAAAGAACCUGGUGGAGAAAACCAGCUGUGAACUGAAAGUCUGUUUCCAGUACAUGAACCGAGGCGACCGCUGGAUCCAGGAUGAAAUCGAGUUUGGCUACAUCGAGGCGCCCCACAAAGGCUUCCCUGUGGUGCUGGAUUCCCCCCGAGAUGGAAACCUGAAGGACUUCCCCAUCAAGCAGCUCCUGGGCCCGGACUUUGGCUACGUGACCCGGGAAGCCCCCUCUGAGGCCGUCAGCAGCCUUGAUUCCUUUGGAAAUCUGGAGGUCAGCCCCCCAGUGACUGUGAACGGCAAGACCUACCCCCUGGGCCGGAUCCUCAUCGGGAGCAGCUUUCCUCUGUCUGGUGGCCGGAGGAUGACCAAGGUAGUACGGGACUUCCUGCAGGCCCAGCAGGUACAGGCACCUGUGGAGCUGUACUCAGACUGGCUGACUGUGGGCCAUGUGGAUGAGUUCAUGACCUUCAUCCCCAUCCCAGGCACAAAGCAAUUCCGGAUGCUCAUGGCCAGCACCUCCGCCUGCUACAAGCUCUUCCGAGAGAAGCAGAAGGAGGGCCACGGAGAGGCUAUCAUGUUCAAAGGCUUGGGCGGGAUGAGCGGCAAGCGAAUCACCAUCAACAAGAUUCUGUCCAAUGAGAGCCUCGUGCAGGAGAACCUGUACUUCCAGCGCUGCCUGGACUGGAACCGUGACAUCCUCAAGAGGGAGCUGGGCCUGGCAGAGCAGGACAUCAUCGACCUGCCCGCUCUGUUCAAGAUGGACGAGGACCGCCAGGCCCGAGCCUACUUCCCGAACAUGGUGAACAUGAUCGUGCUCGACAAGGACCUGGGCAUCCCCAAGCCCUUCGGGCCGCUGGUGGAGGAGGUGUGCUGCCUGGAGACGCACGUGCGCGCGCUGCUGGAGCCGCUGGGCCUGAGCUGCACCUUCCUGGACGACAUCUCCUCCUACCACAAGUACCUGGGGGAGGUGCACUGCGGCACCAACGUGUGCCGGAAGCCCUUCCCCUUCAAGUGGUGGCACAUGGUGCCCUGACCUUCCGCGGGCUCAGCCGUCCCCCUCCCCUGACAUCUCCAGACCCCUCACGCCCCCAGAGCCUGCACCUGCCUGACCCGGGAGGCAGGACAGGCCCCUGGAGACCUUCGGGAAGGGGGGAGGGCUUUGGGCUUUCUGUGCCUCAACCUCCCUUGGAAGGGCCGCAGCGUCCACUGACACCACCCCCAGUGCGCCUCCACUCCGUCUUUCCUGAAAAUAGCUGGGUCUAUGGCCGUGGGUGGCCAGCCCCGCCGCGAGAAACAAAACCAAGCCAAGAACCAUGGACCCAAACCAUUCCCCAAAGAAUCCUCAGCCUCUUGUCCAAAACUGAGUGACGGGGAAGGGAAGCAGGGUGUGGGAUGGCCAGUUCUCCUGGCCAGGGCCUGAAGGUCUAGGAAUAACUUGUGGAAAGAGCCCCUGGGGCCCUCGGCACACCCUGAACUGCCAUCUUCACUUCAUAUUCACCUCCCUCGGGGUGUCCAGGCGGCCGGCACCUGCUGUUCAUUGCUUGCCAGCCUCUCCUGCAUCCCCUGACUUUCUCUCUGCGGUGUAGACACCGUUGGCCAGCCCCCAUUCCCUGAGGGGCCAAUAAUUUAGUGGCUUAGAACCUUCCCUGGACAUAGAUUUUACCAGAGCCACCACCAUUUUGAGGGGCCCCUUAUGCCUCAUCUUUCUCAUGGGCACAAGUUCUCCCGGAUGCUUGGGGGGUUCUUCCCAAACCAGCCUCCUCACCACCUCCGGGUGGCGUGUGGAAAGGGAGCCCAAGCUUAGCCAGGUCAUCUUCUCAACAAUGGCCAGUCCUGGACCUCCCUCCUCUCACGGCCCCCAGUUCCUUCCUACUCCUGAUGCCAUCUCCAGGCAGCUAGGCCAGGUCUGCUUCUCACCAGCCCAGCCCAGACCUUCCCCAGGAUGUCAAGACCUGUCCCUCCCCCCGGACAUCUCAGGACACUGGCCUGGCCUCCAGCCAGUUCUGGACAAACCACUGACCAUAGAGACGGACUGGUUAUCCCGCUCACCAGUGCCUCUCUGAUUUGGACAUAACCAGAAAAUUCCCCGGUUCCAACUUGAAAAGACUCAGCUUCAAUUCACGAAAGUUCUUCUAGGCCUAACUGAUGUCAAGAGAAUAAGUGAAUCUUAAUUCCACUUUCAAAAAGUACUAAUUAUAACCAGUCAAAAGGUUAUAAAUGUAUAUUCUGGGGGGAACAGAACUUUCUUCUUAGAUAAUUUUAUUUAUUCAUUCAACAAACAUUUGUUGUGUGCCUACUCAGUGCCAGGUACAACAUUGGCUCUGACAAUACAGUGUCUAGUAGCAAAUUGGACCGGGUCCUUUUUUUGAUGGAGCCGGUCAGUUCUUGGCAUGCAAUACCCAUAUUUCAAUGGCCAGCAUUUGCCUCUUUGGGGUUUCUUCAGAAAUGCCAGGCCACUAUAUUCAGGAUAAGCACAGGACACAGAGCUUCCUGCUCAAUGUCUCACUGUCUCAAUGAAACAGGAGUGGGGCUCUUCUUUAAACCGGCCUCCUCCCUUCCAGCUGGGCCAGAACCUUCAGAAAUUGUUGUCCUUUUGUGGGGACAAUGGCCCAUGCCUUUAGGAGCCAAAGCCCCCAAUCUCUCCAAUCCCAGAGCUAGAGACUCCAAGUGCCUAUUUUGAGGGUGUUUAUCUGGAGACUUAGAGUUUGUCCAGUGUAGAUGCUUGAUUAAUGUGAGUUGGGAACUUUCUUUCAUUGUUUGCUAAUCUACCUUAAGGGAAACGAGCGUCUCCCCUGGAAAGCCCUGUGUGUUUGUAGAUUUUUCUAAGGCUCUCCCUAUCAUUAAUAUCCCUGUCAUCUGAUGCGUCUGGUGCCCCCAGAACUCAGACACUUGUACCCACCUCAACUGCCCAGUGUGAGCAGCCUCGGUGUGAACAUCACCCUACCCCCAUGGACUCAUCACUUUUGACUGCCCCCACUUUCUAUAAAUGUAGGCCCAGAAUACACUUCCAUGGUGCAAAACUCAGCCAAGUUCCUGUUUCCAUCUUCAUUUAGAAAUACUGCAUAUAAGAGGACAGGGGUGUUGUGAGGAUGGCAAGAAGCAGGGUACAGUUUCAACUUUCUGUACAAGAGGCCAUGGUGGAGCUUGAAAGAUGUUUGGGGGGAAAUCUGAAUUAAACAGCAAUAAAAUAAAAUAAUCAUGUGG